AUGCUUUCAAAUAAAAUUAAAGCUGCAUCAGAAGCAGUAAUAAGGCCGUCAGCUGAGAAUGUUCUGCCGUUAAACCAAUAUAUUAACACUCAGCCCAGGCUCUUAGGUGAGAAUCAACAAUUGAAGAUAUCCGAUGAUAUGAUUAUAUUAUUUGGUGGUGGAAGAGACUUUAAACUCAGUGUUUGGGGUUACAAAGGUGCUGAAGCCACAGAAAAAGUCAUCGACAAUGUCGAAUUAUUUAUCUUGAAUAAAUGCAUUAUAAUUUGGUUAAAAAAUUUAGAUAAGGGCAUAGAGAUCAAAUACACUGGUGUUAUAUACCAUGGUGCCAAUAAGAUAAAUGAUAAUACUUCUAGAGAGGGCCAUAAACUUGAAUUAUUAAUAACUGUUAUAAGGGACGAUUUAUUAAAUAGUUAUUUCCCCACGAACGAUACCGAAGAAGACUUGGAAAAUUCUGUGAAUGACUUCACAAUGGAUAGCAUUGAGUUUAAACUUACACCCAAACAUUCAACGUAUGAUAGAUUUUAUAGUGAUGAGGUUGAAACAUUAUUCACAUUCAAUAAUUUUGGCAGCAACAGAGGCGAUGACAUGGUAAUUAAUUGUAAUAAAGCAUUAGAAAAAUGCCUUGAACUGAGCGGUAAUGAGUUUAAUAGAUUUGGAAAUCCUAUUGCUGAAGACAGUGAAGAAGAGCUUGACCAAGAAGAAGUCGAACAAGCAAAUCCGAACACUGCUGUGAUGGGGUUUAAUGAAACCAUCAACACAUAUUAUAGCAGUGGAAAUGCCGACGAUCUAGAUAAUGAUUAUAUAUUAAAGAGUACUGUUGUUGAAAAUGACACCGACGCGGGUAUGUCAAUGCAGUUUUAUAAUAGUUCCAGUUUGGUCACCCAGAAAAGAAGUUUCCAAUGA